GUUUGAGUUAUAAUGCUGAAGAAAAUAAAACAAUCUUGAUUAGCCUAUUAAAAGCGAACAUUCAACAAAAAACGUCAAAUAUAAUAAAGGAGAUGAAGGAUACACAUAAAUUAUAUAUUGCAAUUAGCGAUGAGGCAAAUGAUAAAAUAAUAGUAGAAUCAAAAAAAAAAGGUAACAAAAAAAACCAAUUUCAGCAAGAAAAUUCUGAAAAUAAAAAUUAUUUUUGUGCCGAGUGGGCCUUGAAAGAAAAUCAAGUAUAUGGAAAAAAAGGAGGAGGCAAACGUAUGACAGAAACUAUAAAAGAAAUAUUAAAAAGCUUCUUUCAUGCAGGCGAUAAGGAUAAAAUACAAAUAGGAGAGUUAGAGGCUGAAGAGAUUCCAUAG